GUUGGGUGGGUGGGGGAUAUUGGUGGUUAUAAAAGUACGCUUGUUCUUUCCAUUUUCUACCCAUAGGUUUCGCUGCUCGCUAUCACAUCUGUCAAUGGUGACAUUUCAAAAUUCUUGUAAAAUUUGUACAUUCAUAUACAGACGUUUAACCUAUAGAAUGAGAAUUCUUCUUAACUUCGCUUAAUCAAUAAAUUAUUUAUGAUGCAGAAUUUUAAAAUAAAAUUGUUUUACUGCUUGUAAACAAAUUCCCACAAUUUAGAUUUUAAUCAUAGUAAUGUAUUUUCUUCCGAUUUUUUUUUUUUUUUUUUUUUUUUUUUUUGUGUGUUGUCGUCGCUACAUCGAUCAAUCUUAAAUUAUGUUCCGUUUUCCGUUCCGUCUUCCGUUCCACGUUUUAGUAACACCCUCUUCAAAGGGGAUAUAGGCCAAUCCGAAAACAUGAGUUAUCUUUCCUUGAUCCGGGACGUAGUACGCUUGCGUAAGAGUAGUGUAAGACUUCCGGGUAGUAUAUUCGAGAAGCGUCAUUAUCAACAUUGCAGAAGGCUACAAAUAUAUUGCUGUAUAAUUUUACAGUAGUACAUUCAGCGAUAAAAGUUCUGCCACGAUGUACGUCUAGGUAUGUCGGACUGACGCCUCUGGAUUUUUGAAAAAGUCCAUCUCAUUGAUUGCAUAAUCAGGCUUCCAUACACCAUUAGAACAUCCGGAGCACGGUUUGCACAGUGUUGUGCAAUAUUCGCGUCCGAUGGUGUGAUAAGGUGACCCCUCUCAUAACUACGUUGAAAUGGUUAUCAGUAUUCUCCAACAGAAAUACACAGGUGUUUGAUUAGCGGUAAGUAAAUAGAUAACAGUUAGAUACUAUUGACAUUCAUGUCACGUCCAUAUCUACACCUAGGAUGAAGUAUGGAAGCGCAUCGCAACUUAAGGGGUUUUAUGAGAACGCUUUGAUAAACGUUUAGAGCCUGUUCAGAAUAUGUUUACAAAAUGCUUACAGCAUGUUUAUAAGUUAUUUAGAAUAUAUUUAGUGUAUGUUUACAAUAUAUUUACAGCAUGUUUACAGUGUAUUUACAGUAUAUUCACAGUAUAUAUACAGUAUGUUUACAUUAUCUAUACAUUAUGUUUACAGUAUAUUUUCAGUAUGUUUACAGUGUUUACAGUAUAUUUACAGUAUGUUUACAGUAAGGAAUAUUUGAAUGAUACUAUACUAUAUUAAUUGAGAGUUGAUACCCACUAUUGUUUCAUUUUAAUUCCAGAAUUGUGUUUUCAUUUUUAAAUGCUUAUGUUCAUUCAAAACAAAAUUGAGGACUCAAUUUAAUUGAGAUUUUAUACUUACGUAAAGAUUAUUGAUUAAUUUUCAUUACAUAAUUGUUUUUCCUUUUCGAAAUGCCUACUCAACCAAAGGUUUGAUUUCAAUGUAUGUUCAGGGAAUAUUCUGAUCUUUGAAACUUUUAAAACUACGAUAAAGAAACCUUAAAGGGGUUUGUGGGGUAUCAGGAAAAUGAUUAGAUAAUCAAACUACCAUCUAAAAUCUGUGAAUAAUUGUCUUAUUGUAUCAAUGUUACGAGGAAGAAUUUUUAAAGGCGUUUUGUGAUUAGUCACAAAAAUGAUUAUAUAUCUAAAAUCCAGCUACCAUUUACAUUCUCUGAUAUAUCAUCUCAUUUUUGAUAUGUCAUAAAGAUAGCGAUAAUUAACCCUGAAUGUGAAAAGUUUUGACUGUUUGCAAUAUUUUUUAAACAUUUUUAUCAUGAAGAAUAAAAUGCAUCAAAUUUUCUUCUAUUUGACAUCGCACCUGCUAACCGGAUGUGACGUUAGUCUUAUAGAGUAUUGGUAACUUGUUAUCAAUAAUCCCUCCUUAUCUCAGAGGAACGUCAUGUUGACCUCUAUUUUACACGUCUUUAUCUAAGAUGAAGGGUUCAGAAACAGAGAACUUGAGAAACGGCGAUAUCGCUGAGCAUGAUGACGACACAGAAACAGACAGCAUGCUGGUAAAAGACACUGACGAGAAAUUGUGCAAACGUGAUGAUGGAAAUGCUUUACAGAAGAAAAUCAGGAACGAUCCACCAAAGUUGACUACAGGCUCGAACUCCAGAAAAGAUGAAGAGAAACUAUGGAUCCGCCUGAAGAACGACAAACUCGUCAGAACGAAAUACAUAUUGACUACAGCGUACAUCGUGUCAUUCCUAACAUUAGGCUGGGUUGAGGGUCAGCUUGGCCCCACAUUUCCAGAACUUAGGGAGAUUGCGCACACAACACUAGAAAAAGGCUCCCUGUUCUUUACAAUGGUUACUGUGGGUUAUCUCCUAGGCUCUAUUGUCAUGGGUUACCUGUUUGAUAAACGAACACUGAACAGGGACCUACUGAUGUUUCUCGCCACAUUCGGGUACGGCGUCGUCACGGCCAUCGUUCCAUGGUGCGGAAAAUACGAGGUUAUGGUUAUUAUUCAUGUCAUCAAAGGAGCUUUUGGAGGCGCACUAGAUACGUGUGGAAAUGCGGGGAUGGUAGUGGUGUGGGGAAGCGAGGGUGACGCCUUCUUCAGUGCUCUACAUUUUUCAUUUGCUCUUGGUGGGAUUUUAUCUCCCUUAGCAACUGCACCGUAUUUGAAGUCACGUGAUGAUAGCGUAGAGAGUACCAUGAUGAAUAGAUCCACUGAUUUUUCUAAUUUCACAAAUCAAAGUUACUCUAAUGUUGAUAUAACUUGGGACAUGAAAAAUCGAACUAAUCUAAGUUUAAAUCAAACGUCUUCAGGUGACGAAACAUCAAUGGUUUACAUUCCAUACACCAUGACUACGGGACUUUGCAUUCUUACAUCACUUCCUUUUCUGGUCUUUUGUUGUAUGUCAUUUCAGAAAACUCUCGAAAGAGGAAAGGUAAAAGAAGAAGUCGCGAAUCGAAGAAAAGCACAAAGGCGUUUAAGAAUUCUGGGAUUUAUAAACAUGGUUAUUUACAUAGCAGUCUACGUUGCUGUGGAAAACUCUUUCGCGGGUUUCUUAACUACGUUUGUGAUGUCAGAAUUACACUGGACAAAUUCACAAGGCAGCUACAUCACUUCCGGCCACUGGGCCUCAUUCGCCACCGGGCGAUUUUUAGGAAUCUUUCUCGUAGGAUUUUUUCGUCCUCGAAAAAUGAUCUUCACGUUCAAUGUUAUGAUGCUAAUAUCACUGCUAGGCUUUUUGAUUGUGUCUUUCCAUGACGUCAUAAUAGGCGUAUGGAUAUUUACAUUGACAACAGGAUUCUCCAUGUCUGUGAUUUUCCCCACCGUGUUUAUGUGGACGGAACAGACAUUUCUGCAAGUGACAGGGAAGAUAGCAUCUAUCUUUCUCGUGGCUGCAUCUGUUGGUUUUAUGAUAAAUCCUCCACUUCUUGCCGUCCUAAUGGAGACGUUUUCCCCGAUGUGGUUUAGUUAUCUAUUGUUUGGCGAAACAGUCGCAUUAUUUGUGUUGUAUUUCGUGGGUUUGUACAUAUCUCGAAAGAUUUCGUCACUAGAAUCAAUCACAGCUGAUAUUGAACUCACUGUCUCCAACGAUGAUACGGAGAAACACAAAGGGGAAAAGCCUGGUUCUAGAAACGGCCAAUAGCAGGAUUGUUGUGUUAAUUAUAUACGGUCAGUUUACAGUACAGACUAAUUGCAUUAGUUUGCAGUACAUACUAGUGGUGUUUAGGUUAGUUUACAGUACAUACUAGUUGUUUUUGAAUUAGUUUACAGUACAUACUAGUUGUUUUUAAAUUACUUUACAGUACAUACUAGUUGUUUUUGGAUAGUUUACAGUACAUACUAGUUGUUUUUGGAUUAGUUUACAGUACAUACUAGUUGUUUGUUGAUUAGUUUACAGUACAUACUAGUUGUUUUUGGAUUGGUUUACAGUACAUACUAGUUGUUUUUGAAUUAGUUUACAGUACAUACUAGUUGUUUUUGGAUUAUAGUUUACAGUACAUACUAGUUGUUUUUGAAUUAGUUUACAGUACAUACUAGUUGUUUUUUAAUUAGUUUACAGUACAUACUAGUUGUUUUUGGAUUAGUUUACAGUACAUACUAGUUGUUUUUUGGAUAAGUUUACAGUACAUACUAGUUGUUUGUGGAUUAGUUUACAGUACAUACUAGUUGUUUUUGGAUUAGUUUACAGUACAUACUAGUUGUUUUUGGAUAGUUUACAUACAUACUAGUUGUUUUUGGAUUAGUUUACAGUACAUACUAGUUGUUUUUGGAUAGUUUACAGUACAUACUAGUUGUUUUUGGAUUAUAGUUUACAGUACAUACUAGUUGUUUUUGGAUAGUUUACAGUACAUACUAGUUGUUUUUGGAUUAUAGUUUACAGUACAUACUAGUUGAUUUUGGAUUAUAGUUUACAGUACAUACUAGUUGUUUUUGGAUUAGUUUACAGUACAUACUAGUUGUUUUUGGAUUAGUUUACAGUACAUACUAGUUGUUUUUGGAUAGUUUACAGUACAUACUAGUUGUUUUUGGAUUAUAGUUUACAGUACAUACUAGUUGAUUUUGGAUUAUAGUUUACAGUACAUACUAGUUGUUUUUGGAUUAGUUUACAGUACAUACUAGUUGUUUUUGGAUUAGUUUACAGUACAUACUAGUUGUUUUUGGAUUAGUUUACAGUACAUACUAGUUGUUUUUGGAUUAUAGUUUACAGUACAUACUAGUUGAUUUUGGAUUAUAGUUUACAGUACAUACUAGUUGUUUGUGGAUUAGUUUACAGUACAUACUAGUUGUUUUUGGAUUAGUUUACAGUACGUACUAGUUGUUUUUGGAUUAGUUUACCGUACAUACUAGUUGUUUUUGGAUUAUAGUUUACAGUACAUACUAGUUGUUAUUUGUUUAAAUAAUUACCAUAACAUAAAUCCUUGCCGGUAUUGUGCUGUAAAUGUGCAGAUGUCUGUAAUUACCAUGACAUAAAUUCUAUUUUUAAACUGA